GCAAGUUUUGGUGUCAAUGUUUAACUCAGGUCCUUGAUUUCUGUGCCUUUUUUUCUUUAUUAUUAACUCAGGAAUAUUUUUCAAGUUGCCCAGAUUAUGAGAACUCAGUUCACAACAUGCAUUUUUAAAUCUUCUGCCUAUGGAAAGAAUGAACAAAGGAAUGCCUCAUUUAUUGACACUGAAGCAAGGACAAGAUAGAGCAAGGUUUUGACUGAAAGCAAAGACAUCAAACUAUUACCCUGUUUGAUGAUCUGAGAGUAUAAGAACAAAAUGAGUUAUUACGGCAGCAACUAUCGGAUCGUGAACAUGGAGGGGAAUGUGCCCAAGUACACUAACUGCCACCCAGAGAACAUCAUAACUGAGAAGCGAAGAGCAAGAAGACGAUUGCUCCACAAAGAUGGAAGUUGCAAUGUAUACUUUAAACAUAUUUUUGGAGAAUGGGGGAGUUACAUGGUUGAUAUUUUCACCACCCUUGUCGAUACCAAAUGGCGCCAUAUGUUUGUGAUAUUCUCGUUAUCUUACAUUCUCUCUUGGCUGAUUUUUGGCUUGAUCUUUUGGGUGAUAGCCCUUCACCAUGGAGAUUUGUUAGAUGAUCCAAAUAUCACACCUUGUGUUGACAAUGUCCAUACUUUCACAGGAGCAUUCUUAUUCUCCCUUGAAACCCAAACUACCAUAGGCUAUGGCUUUCGCUGUGUCACUGAAGAGUGUUCUGUGGCAGUCCUUGUGGUUAUACUUCAGUCAAUUUUGAGCUGCAUCAUAAACACCUUCAUCAUUGGAGCUGCCUUGGCCAAAAUGGCAACAGCUCGAAAGAGAGCCCAGACCAUCAGAUUCAGUUACUUCGCCCUCAUAGGCAUGAGAGAUGGGAAACUUUGCCUUAUGUGGCGUAUUGGCGAUUUUCGACCAAAUCACGUAGUGGAGGGAACGGUGAGAGCUCAGCUACUUCGUUAUGUGGAAGAUAGUGAAAGACGGAUGACAAUGGGAUUUAAGGACUUAAAGCUGGUCAAUGACCAGAUCAUCCUUGUGACACCAGUGACCAUUGUCCAUGAAAUUGAUCAUGAGAGCCCUUUGUAUGCUCUUGACCGUAAAGCAGUAGCCAAAGACAACUUUGAGAUUUUGGUGACAUUUACUUAUACAGGGGAUUCCACUGGGACUUCCCACCAGUCAAGAAGUUCUUAUGUGCCUCGAGAAAUUCUCUGGGGCCACAGAUUCAAUGAUGUUUUAGAGGUAAAGAAAAAAUACUACAAGGUAAACUGCUUACAGUUUGAGGGAAGUGUUGAAGUAUAUGCUCCCUUCUGCAGUGCCAAGCAAUUGGACUGGAAAGAUCAGCAGCUACACAACCUUGAGAAAACAUCUUCAGGCAAAGGAUCAGGAAUGACUGAAACCAAGGUUAGACGAAGGUCAUUUAGUGCCGUUGCCAUUGUUAGCAGUAGUGAAAAUCCUGAUGAAAUGACCAAGACCACAGCUGAUGAGAAUAAUGAAACACCAUAUCAGAAAGCUCUUCUGCAACUAAAUAGAAUCUCAGUAGAGUCCCAAAUGUAGCCUGCAGUGGCAAUUACAAGUGGAUUACUCUCUCCACUCAAGUUUUCUCAAGAUAGCCACAAUAAGGCAAGUGGCUUGAAAUGACCUGAAAAGAGAAUUACAGUCUAGAUCUAGAAAGUUAGUUUUUGUUCCUGUAUACCUGGAUAGGGACAAAGAUAGAAGAGGAGCUUGAUUAAUAGAAAAUCCAAUAAUCUCUCACAAUCAAAAUGUUUCAAAGUCUAUUAGAAAUGUUGUAUUUAGGAAACAAAACUGACAGUUCUUAACUGCAUCUUUUUUAACUGUCCCUGGCCGUUAUCCAAUGAAUGAGCCACCGAUCAGUAAAGUAAUAAUAAUUACAACUCUUUUAUAUAGUGCUUCAUGAUUUACAAAGCACUUUAUUAAUAGCAAUCUGGGGAAAAUGGUACAAUUAUUAUGCCAGUUUUACAGAAAAAGAAGCUAAAUAUCAGAGGGGCUAAGUGACUUGCCUAGGGUUACACUGCUGCUAGUAGCUAUGGGUAGUUGAUACUAGAACCAAUCUGAACCUAUAUAUUUUGUCCAGGAUUCUUUCUCCUUUAUCUUCUGCUUAUCAAAGUGCCUCAGAUACUAGUCAUAGUAAAAGACUUUGAUAAGUACCAUCUGACCUCUCCUUGCUUGAUCAACCCUAGAUUGUUCAAAAUGAUUUAUGUCUUUACUGACCCUUGAGACAAGUGGAGAAAGAUGCCAUUUUCCUUUUUUUCAGAGCACUCUAUUUUCCCUCAGUUCUCCAGUGACACAAACAGUGAGAUUAAGGUAAUGAUAGGAGAUUGAGGUGAUUGCUAUGCUUUAACACCAUGGGAUUAAACCCAAUGUUUUGGGUACCCCUAUUUUUUGACCCAUGAUUGCCAUCAUUAACUACUCCCUUCAUGGUAGUGAUAGAGAGAAGAGUCAGAAACAACAAGGUUUAUGUUUACUGACAUCCAAAAAUUACAAUAGAAAAGUUAAGGAUUGGUAGAUGCAGUGGCAGAUAAAACUUUUUUUUUUACCUUAUUCUUGGAAUUAAAACAUAGCUGUGCAUACCCAAAAUUUGUAAUCAUGGCUAUUUAUGGACAUGGUUUGGAACUUGGUCUUAUGGCCAAGGAAAAUAUUAUUCUCCAUAAGACUCUUGCAUCUGCCACCAUUGAAUAACACGCAAUGGCUGAGUUGUAGAUAGGAGCAAACUUCUUCUAAUGACUGAAGACUCACAUUUUGGUUUUUAGGUUAAAGAAGUUUUAUUUUCUUAUCUAUGAAAAAGUCUAAAUUGUAAUUCUAAAUG